CGUCAGCCUCCUGCAACUUUCUCUCAAGUUUUUUUUUUCAUUCGAGCCGCAGUUAUUGAUUCUCUCUUUAUCCACUGCGUGGUUAAUAAACUGCAUUCUCUUUUUGCAGGAGCAACUGAAAGUUCAGCAGACGCUCAUUUAUUCUUCAGAUGCCACACAAAACAAGUGCUUAAAGAUGUCAUCAGUGUUCUCUCAGCUGAUUGGUCAAUGGCUGGAUGUUCAAGGACUCCUCAUAUUUCUCUGUGUGCUGCUGUUGGUGAAACACGUUCGAGAUGUUUAUUCAAAGAACAUGCCCCCGGGACCUUUCCCUCUGCCUUUUGUUGGAAACCUCACAAACAUCGGCUUUAGUGAUCCACUGGGAUCCUUUCAGAGGAUUGCAGAGAAGUAUGGAGAUGUGUGCACACUUUAUCUGGGAACCAAGCCAUGUAUACUGAUGACUGGAUAUGAGACUUUAAAAGAGGCUUUUGUGGAGCAGGCAGACAUCUUUACUGACCGACCGUAUUUUCCUAUAAUGGACAAGCUUGGAAAAGGGAAAGGUUUGAUUAUGUCCAGUGGUCACAUGUGGCGUCAGCAGAGGCGCUUUGCUCUGGCAACACUGAAAUACUUCGGUGUGGGGAAGAAAACUCUAGAAAACGCCAUCCUGCAGGAGUGCCGCUUUCUCUGUGACUCCUUGCAGGCUGAACGAGGUUUGCCCUUUGACCCUCAGCAUCUUGUGACCAACGCUGUGUCUAACAUCAUCUGUGGGUUGGUGUUCGGUCACCGAUUUGAGUAUGAUGACCAUCAGUUUCAUCUAAUGCAGUCGUACAUCGAUAACAUCUUACAGCUUCCCAUCUCAAACUGGGGUCGGUUGUAUAAUCAGUUUCCCACCCUGAUGUCGCUGCUGCCAGGAAAGCACCAGACGGCAUUCGCCAGCAUGUCUAAACUUCAGCCGUUCCUAAAGGAGGAAAUUACCAAACACCAGCAGGACAGAGAGCCAUCCAGCCCCAGAGACUACAUCGACUGCUAUCUGGAGGAGAUCGAGAAGUGUAAAGACAGUGAUGCUGAGUUCACGGAGGAAAACCUGAUGUUUUGUGUCAUUGACCUGUUUGGAGCAGGAACAGAAACCACUUCCAACACCCUCAGAUGGGCUUUAUCUUUCAUGGUCAAAUAUCCUGACGUUCAAGAGAAGGUCCAGUCAGAGAUCGAUCAGGUGAUUGGACAGACCCGCCAACCACUGAUGGAUGACCGGACAAAUCUGCCGUACACCUAUGCCGUGAUCCAUGAAAUUCAGAGGUUCGCCAACAUUAUUACCUUUACGCCUCCCAGAAUGGCCAACAAGGACACGACGGUGGCAGGACAGCUCAUCCCAAAGGGUGUGAUGGUGAUGCCGAUGCUCAAGACAAUCCUACUGGACAAGAAUGAGUACAGCACUCCAUAUGAUUUCAACCCAGCUCACUUUCUGGACGAAAAUGGCAAGUUUUUGAAGAGAGAAAAUUUCAUCCCUUUUUCAAUAGGUAAGCGGAUGUGUCCAGGUGAGCAGCUGGCCCGUAUGGAGCUCUUCCUCUUCUUCAUCUCUCUGAUGCAGCGUUUCACUUUCCUUCCUCUCGAGGGACAAACGUUGAGUCUGAAAGGAACCGCGAGCGUCUCUUCUGCUCCUCAACCCUUCCAGAUACGUGCUGUGCCUCGAUAGACUACAGGAAUCACUUACAUCAGAUUUCUUAAAGGGACAGUACACCGUAAUAUGAACAUUUCCUCAUCAUUUCCUCACACUCAGGUGAUUUCUUGCUUCUGUUGAACACAAAACAAGAUAUUUC